AUGAGUGACGAUAAAAAUGUUGCUCUUGUGAUCGACAAUGGUUCUGGAAUGUGUAAAGCUGGUUUUGCUGGUGAUGAGGCGCCUUGUGCUGUCUUCCCUUCUAUUAUUGGACGUCACCAAGAUGUCAGGUUUAUUUCGCGUUGGUUGAAAGACGAUUUUAUUGGCACCGAUGCUCAAACUAUACGGGGAAUGAUAUCAAUAAAAUAUCCCAUAGAGCGUGGAAUUGUUAAGAAUUGGGAGGAUAUGGAGAAAAUCUGGCAUCACACAUUCUACAAUGAAUUACGUGUUAAGCCUGAAGAACACCCUUUAUUAUUGACUGAGGCUCCACUUAAUCCAAAAGUUAAUCGGGAUAAGAUGACUGAAAUUAUGUUUGAGACAUUCAAUACACCAUCAAUGUAUAAAAUAAUUUCAAAAUACAAGUCAUGA